ACAAGACACAAUAGUCAGUGUUAUCAUUUUGUAUCAGGACUACGCCAUUUUCACAGCUGCAUUACAUGCAAUUGCAUUUGAAGUUUCUUUAUUUCACUGUCGCUCUUUAUGCAGGAGUGUGUAUGUGAGUGUUUGUGUGCACACUGUGCAGAUGGAUUGUUGUGGAUGUUGUGCUGGAAGAAGGUAUUUGGACGGCUGUAAGGAGCUCAGAGGCUUAGAACUGACCCUGAGCUGUUUGUUCCUGGGUGCAAAGCUAGCAGGUAGAACUGGCUGGUCCGUAUCUGAAAUGUCUGUACGGGCCUGUUGGAGUAACAGACCAGCCAAUGAAAGCAGUGGUCCUCCGACACAAGAGAAUGAGACACUUAGAGAAGCUUGCCCAGUUGGUGUUAGUUAAUUGUUAAAGGGGUAGUUGACAUGAAAUACUUUGUGAAAGUUGACAUUUCAUGUUGCGUGACAUCCUACAGUCCAUAUAAAAAAAAUUUAAACAGCAUUUUUCUAAUUCUUUUAUAAUUAUUAUGCAUGCCGCUUUUAUGACCUCAUAUUAAUUGAGAGACUACUACUAUAUUUUUACUUUGAAAAAUGCAUUUGUCACACUGCAGGACCAUUCAGAAUGAAUUAGUGAAGGCAAAAAAUAUGACCUAGCAUAUAUAGUUUCACUUAUACAUUCAUGUAAAUUUGAACUUAAAAUCUUGAUGUUGAUUGAAAAAAAAGCAUCAACAUGUUAUGCAUCAACAACCCACAUGCAAUCUUUGAAUUAUUAUAUUAUAGUGAAAUUAGGAAGGAAGUUGUUGUUGUUAGCUAUCUAUCUAGUUUCAGAGAGCAUUAUCACUGUAUGUGAAGGGCUGAAAGCAUUUUUGGGAAUGCUGUGAGGAUGGUUUAGUGGUCAGACUGUGUCUGCUGUCAUUGUUUUAUGAAAAUACAUUGCAGCUUAGCAGGGAUUAGUGUCACCUGCUGUCUUAUGCAAAAUAUGAUUUCAUUUAUAUAUUUGUAUUUUCAGCCAGCUGCAAAUCCCUCAAUUAUCUGUGAAGAUUUUCAUGAAACCCAGACGUGGUUUCAUCCCAACAUCACUGGGAUAGAGGCAGAACACCUCCUCCUGACACGGGGCGUCCAUGGCAGCUUUCUAGCGAGACCCAGCAAGAGUAACCCAGGAGAUUUCACUCUCUCCGUCAGGAGGAACGAUGAGGUCACCCACAUUAAAAUCCAGAACUCAGGGGACUAUUAUGACCUGUACGGAGGGGAGAAGUUCGCCACACUGGCCGAACUGGUGCAGUACUAUACUGAGCAGCAAGACCUCCUGCGGGAACGGAACGGAGAUGUCAUCGAGCUCAAAUACCCCCUAAACUGCAAAGAUCCCACGUCUGAGAGGUGGUAUCACGGGCAUCUCUCGGGGAGAGAUGCUGAAAAGCUCCUCAUGGAGAAGGGCAAGUCUGGCAGCUUCCUGGUGAGAGAGAGUCAAAGUAAACCUGGAGACUUUGUGCUUUCUGUCCUCACUAAUGAAGAAAAGCAUGAAAAUGUGGACCGCAAAACUAAAGUCACCCAUGUCAUGAUACGUUAUCAGGAUGGUAAAUAUGAUGUAGGAGGAGGAGAGAGGUUCGACACUUUAGCAGAUUUAGUCGAGCACUAUAAGAAGAACCCAAUGGUGGAGAAAAGUGGAAUUGUUGUGCACCUUAAACAGCCAUUCAAUGCCACAAGGAUAAAUGCAGCAAACAUUGAAAACAGGGUGCGAGAAUUAAAUAAAGUCGCUGACAACUCAGAGAAACCCAAGCAAGGCUUCUGGGAAGAAUUUGAGGUUUUACAGCAGCAAGAAUGUAAACUCCUUUAUCCCAGGAAAGAGGGACAGAGACCAGAAAAUAAAAAUAAGAACCGAUACAAAAACAUUCUGCCCUUUGACACCACUCGAGUGCAAAUCAAAGAGGCGGAUCUUGACGUGCCUGGCUCUGAUUACAUCAAUGCCAACUACAUCCGAAGUGUGCAUGAAGAAGGUCGUCAUGUGGAUGAGGGUAAAGUGUUUAUCGCCACUCAGGGUUGCCUUCAGAACACCGUCUUAGACUUCUGGAAAAUGGUGUAUCAGGAAAACUCUCAUGUUAUUGUCAUGACGACCAAGGAGAUGGAGAGAGGACGGAAUAAGUGUGUACGGUACUGGCCAGACUUAAAUUCCACUAAGGAGUUUGGGAAGGUGUGUGUGAAGAACAUUGAGGAACAUACAGCUCAGGACUACAUACGGCGAGAGCUAGAGGUUACACGUCUAGACAGGAGAGAGCCUCCCAGGUUUAUCUGGCACUAUCAGUACCUGAGCUGGCCUGAUCACGGUGUUCCCAAUGAACCUGGAGGGGUUCUUAGCUUCCUGGAGCAAGUAAACAGGACCCAGAGUGCCAUUGCAGAGAGUGGACCAAUAGUGGUUCACUGCAGUGCAGGGAUUGGAAGAACAGGCACAAUUAUUGUGAUUGACAUACUUAUUGACAUCAUAAACAGACAAGGGUUGGAUUGUGACAUUGACAUCCCAAAGACCAUUCAGAGAGUGCGUCAGCAGCGAUCCGGUAUGGUGCAGACUGAGGCCCAGUACAAGUUCAUCUACAUGGCUGUUCAGCAAUACAUUGACACUGCUCAGAAGAGACUGGAAGAGGAGCAGAGGAACAAAACAAAGGAGAGAGAAUACUCUAAUAUCAAAUACCCACAGAUGUCAAAUGCCAGAGCCAAGCCAAAUAUGAGCUCAUCUCGUACUUCAUCUGUAAGGAACGAUGACUCUGGUGUGUAUGAAAAUGUAAACAUCAAGAAUCCAAAGGGCUCUGCAAGUGGUAACACCCGGAGAUAAGCCAUGUGUGCUGCUGUCUCAGAAACUCUGAAAUUCAAAUAGAGGUGUUGUAGAAGCACCUGACCAUGGAGCAACUCUCAAGGGGACUGGCAGCACCUACUGUACGCUGAGGUCAACUAUGCCCAGCUUCAAGCUGGAGAUUCCACAGAGAUCUCCACAUCUCCUCUCUUCUUCUCCUGCCUGCCCUCUCAGUUGAGUCUGAGAAGCUCACACUCCAAAACCAAGUGCCUGAUCUGCAGCCGAAACUGCUCCUACAGAGAGGAGGACGUUUGACUUGGUGCUUUCUCUUCCCCCUUGUAGUCUAAUAAUCACUGCACUAAUCUACAUGAUCGUUUGUAUAUGUGUGAAAUAUAUUAUAUAUGAAUAUUUACACUCAGUGACAUAACUUAGAUGAAGAUACGCUCUUUCCACAUGCUCUAUGGCUGUUUCCAGACCUUUCUUUGUCUACUGGACGUGGUCUACUGUAACCAAAGACCUUUGCUAGAUCACUCAGUAUCUCACGAGUACCAGUCAUUAGCACUGUGUUGAGUGAUGCUCGUGGCUUGGUGAUGUAAGAAGAACAGAACUACACCACCUUUGCCAGCCCUCAGGAAUCACCCCUUUUCUUCUGAGGUGAUGUAAGCUGGAGUGAUGUUUGCUCUGAGAGUCUGGUCAAUGUGCGACCAGUGAAUCGGAUACCUAGUAAUUAGGUGUUUCAAACAGACUGAUUUGGUACAGUGUGAUAGGAUUUAUACAGUAUGUGCCAAUUAGCAGCCUGUGCAUCAUGUCUGUAAAAGCUUCUGCUUUGAUGCUGUUUUAUAGAGCGUUACCGCCAAGCUUAUGAAAAUUCUGAGGGAAAUCAAGUGCUACUGUCAAUCAUAGGCUUAUCAACCAAUCAGGCUGGCUGGUUCCUCCCACUAGCAUAUGUUUUAGGCUUUUUGUUCCUGAAAACAUCUGGCAAGCCUUCAGUAUUAGAGUUUUGGGAUGCUUUUGUUUGUUUGUUCGUUUUUUUUUAUGUUGAUAGUAAUUUUAUUAGCAUCUAUGAUUCCUUCAGAAAGUUUUAUCUUUUGUUGUGAUAUUUGUAAAUGUGAUUAUGAAAUCUUGCGCAUAUGCAGGUAUGUUUGGAAAGCAGAAUUUUCCUCUAGUUUGACUAUGGUUAUUCCGCAUUUUCCAUGCUUUUUAGACAUAAACACGGUAUGUUUGCAUUACAGAGUUAUUAAUAGCUUGAUCUAAAGACAUUAGAUAAGCCAUAGAAUUUCUACGUCAAUUGCAGGUUGUGAUUGCACUGGGGAGGCUUUUGAAUGAAAAUGUAAAUGAAAAACAUGGUAUUACUAAACUUCUGCAAAGGGGUGUAUGUCAGGAUGUUGGCCAAGUCAUUGACGUAAACAGCCUUCGUUGGAGGCUAAAUAUGGGCAAGGCAGAUGGCCCUGGGCUAAGAUUAAAGUAUAUAUUUUUUUUUGUGUGUGUUGGGGGGGGGGGGGGGGGGGGGGGG